AAAUAAAAAAAAUCUUGUACAUUUUCAGGAAAAAUUUUGUCCACACAUGCCAUUCUUCUUCUUCUUCUUCUUCUAGUUUUCAUUAUCUUAUCUCUUCAAUUUUUUAACCUAAAAAUGUAAAAUUUAAUCUUCAAAAAAGAAUUUGAAGAAAACCUGCAAUUGCAAGUAGCCGGUAGGGUUAAGUACGACGUAAUAUGUGUAUUACCAUUAUAAAUAGGCAAUAGAUGAUAAUUAAGGAGUUGAAUUCAGCUAAAAAGGAUGGAGUUUGAGGAGGACCAAGUGGGAGAUGUACCGAGUUUUGACUCUAACUCGACUCGGCCAGCUAAAAUGCCGAGCCCUAUUGAAACCGCGGUAACUCCGUUGAGGAAGCCUAGGUACAAAGACUGUUUAAAAAAUCACGCGGUGGGCAUCGGCGGCCACGCGGUGGAUGGAUGCGGCGAGUUUAUUGCAGCGGGAGAGGAGGGAAGCCUGGAUGCACUCAAAUGCGCUGCUUGCAAUUGCCACCGGAAUUUCCACCGCAGGGAAACUGAAGUAGGCGCCGCUUUUGCCCUCCACCACCACCAGAACCAGCAACAACAGCUACUUCUUACCAACCAUCCACACGGGCAUUUCAGCUACAGAAGCCCAAGUGGGUACCUCCACGUCGCUCACCCGCAGCAGCAGAGACUACCUCUCGCCUUGCCGUCAAGCUCAGGCGGCGGAGGAAGUGGAUCAGGAGAUGAGCUUGAGGACUAUUAUUCCAACCCCAGCGCCAGCGCAGGAAAGAAAAGGUUCCGGACCAAGUUUACACAAGAGCAGAAAGACAAGAUGCUGAAUUUGGCUGAACGUUUGGGGUGGAAGAUUCAAAAAGAAGAUGAGGAGCUGGUGCAGCAAUUCUGCAACGAAGUUGGAAUUAGAAGACAUGUGCUGAAGGUCUGGAUGCAUAACAAUAAGCACACUCUUGGUAAGAAAACCUAACUGGACCUGGAUAACUAGAACAAGAAGAAGAUGAUUCAACUGAGAAUUUAAUUAGUUUGGGGAGCUGAAGAAAUUAAUAUUUUAUGCUAUUAUUCUAUGAUUUUGUAUCUAGCUUAGGGAGUUGGGAACAUCAAUCAUGCACGAGUGCUGGUAUUUAGCCUUUCAAAUUUGAGACUUCUGCUUACUCGGGAAUUCUUUUACAAUUCUAGGUUUUUGUUUCUCGCAUUUUGCAAUUUUCUUGAUUCUGCUUUAGUUCUUGUUUCGUGGGCUUUGUUGUUCUGAUGAUGGUUUCCUUGUUUCUGUUUUCAUUGUACAAACACCUGAAGCAUUUUUGCAGCAACUCACUCUUCUUGAA